AUGAUGUCUAUGAACAGCAAGCAGGCUUUCAGCAUGCACCCCAUCCUGCACGAGCCGAAAUACACCCACUUGCACACCAGCUCGGAGGCCAUCAGGAGAGCCUGUCUACCAGCCCCCCAGAUCCAAGGCAAUAUCUUCGCGGGCUUCGAUGAGACUUUGCUGAGAGGGGCUGAAGCUCUGGCAGCUGUGGAUAUAGUGUCUCAGAAAACCCAUCCCUUCAAACCAGAUGCCACCUACCACACUAUGAGCAGCGUCUCCUGCACGCCUACCUCUUCUUCGGUUCACCUGCACCACCCCUCGGUGCUGACCACCCACCAUCACCACCACCACCACCAGCCCUCGCAGGGUUUGGAGGGGGAGCUCCUGGACCACCUCAACUCUGCCAUCCCGCUGGGGGGUGUGCCCGGACCCGAGGUGGGCUCCACGCCCUCCCACCCGCACUCCCACAUGCCAGCCCUCAACCACAUGGCCCACCACCCUCAGUCCAUGAACAUGUCCCACCCCCACGGCUUGGCCUCCCAUGCUGUCAUCUCAGGCCCCGAGACAGAGACAGACCCCAGGGAGCUGGAGUCCUUUGCUGAGCGGUUCAAGCAGAGGAGGAUCAAACUUGGGGUGACCCAGGCGGACGUGGGCUCCGCCUUGGCCAACCUGAAGAUCCCAGGUGUUGGCUGCUUGAGCCAAAGCACCAUCUGCAGGUUCGAGUCCCUCACCUUGUCCCACAACAACAUGGUGGCCCUGAAGCCCAUUUUGGAGGCUUGGCUGGAGGAGGCUGAGAGGGCUCAAAGAGAGAAAAUGACCAAGCCCGAAAUCUACACUGGGGGGGACAAGAAACGCAAGCGCACUUCCAUAGCAGCCCCAGAGAAGAGGUCGCUAGAAGCUUAUUUUGCUGUGCAGCCCAGACCUUCCUCGGAGAAAAUCGCAGCCAUUGCAGAGAAGUUAGACUUGAAGAAGAACGUGGUGCGCGUCUGGUUUUGCAACCAAAGACAGAAACAGAAAAGGAUGAAAUUUUCUGCAACCUACUGAGAGCUGGA